AUGAAAGCUGGUCAGCUGGAUGGUGCAGGUGUUACAGCAGUUGGUCUCGAUAUGCCAGUGCGGAGUCAUGACUUAUAUAAAUCGCGACCGAGAUAUAAUCAAGAUAUGAAUCGAGAUAUCGUUGCAUCCCGAUCGGGCUAUAUUACUAAACAUGUUCAAGAAGUAUUGAAAGUAAAUAUGAUCUUCCUAAUUGUCUUAAGUGAAGCUUAA